CUACCAUUUAAGGUAUGUCGCAAUUGGUGGCUGUUUACCUUCAUUUGUACAAAUCGUUAGGAAAAGUAAAAGGCUGGUGUCUCAUAAAGUCGGUCUUCAUUCCCAUCGCAUGACUAUGCAAUGGACGCACCGUGAGGUCCUUGUGGGAUUCGCCGCGGGCCUCGUUGCAGCAGUGGUUUUUGAGCAAAUACGCUCCCGAUAUUACAGCUCCUCCCAUCGAUCGGGAAGAAAACCUGAUGCCCAGAGCAAGGCUGACUCAGCCUUGCCCGGUGAAGCCAUCCGUCCAGCUGGGGUUGGCAUCGAGUCCACGAUCGGCAACACGCCGCUGAUUGAGAUCCGGUCCUUGUCUGCGGCCACAGGUUGCACGAUCCUGGCAAAAUGCGAGUUCCUCAAUGGUGCGGGCAAUAGUCCGAAAGAUCGCGUGGCGCUGAGCAUGAUCGAGCGUGGUGAAGCCGCGGGGCUUCUGGAGCCACACUCGGGCGACACGGUUUAUGAAGGCACGGUUGGUUCGACGGGAAUCUCAUUAGCCACACUGUGUCGUGCCCGAGGGUACCUUGCGCAUAUCUGCAUGCCGAGCGACCAGAGCUUCGAGAAAUCGAAUCUGCUGCUGAAACUGGGAGCCGUGGUUGAGCGCGUGACGCCCGCUCCCAUCGUCGACCAAGCUCACUUCGUCAACCGCGCAAGAAACCUUGCCAGAGAGCAUACAGCCGACCCGAACAAAAAGGGUAGGGGUUACUUUGCCAAUCAGUUCGAGACAGAAGCCAACUGGCGUGCCCACUACGAAGGCACGGGGCCAGAGAUCUAUGCUCAGACUGAAGGGCAAGUCGAUGCCUUCGUCGCCGGCGCCGGCACUGGAGGAACGUUGUCAGGCGUGGCCAUGUUUCUAAAAGAACGUCUGCCGCAGAUUAAAGUGGUCUUAGCUGACCCGCAGGGCAGCGGGCUCUACAACAAAAUCAAGCACGGUGUCAUGUUCCACAGUCUUGAAAGGGAAGGCACGCGCCGAAGGGAUCAGGUUGAUACAAUCGUCGAAGGGAUUGGGCUGACCCGCUCUACUCUGAACUUUGAACAAGGGCGAGAACUGAUUGAUGAUGCCGUGAAAGUCACGGACGGGCAAGCCAAAAACAUGGCAAGGUGGCUCGUGGAAAGAGACGGUAUUUUCAUCGGCAGCAGUAGUGCCGUCAACUGCACUGCUGCUUUGCGAACAGCGCUAGAACUAGGGCCCGGCCACCGGGUGGUGACGAUCCUCUGUGAUUCCGGAGCACGCCACCUCUCCAAGUUCUGGGCCCAAAUCGGGGACAUUGGGGGUGAAGCACGGACGACAAUCGAUGAUAUUCUGCAAGGAAAAUCACUGAACUGAGCUCACAGCAUUCCCUACGCUGUUUUUCAAAGUAUACAACUGGCUCAGCGAGAUGCCAGCCGACUUGACCUCCUGGUGCCCUCGGAAUUAUACUGCUGAGCCGUCGUAGGUGUUUCAUUGUCUGCCGGUUCGCUCUGAGGUUCCGGGGUGCGCGGUCCCGGUGCAGGAUCGUUGACAGACUCCCCAAAAGCUGCGAGCCAUAUCUCAGCUAAUUUGUCGACGACGUCGGUUGUUGUGCGAUUUGCGAAAUUGCGGGCAAAGACGCCGAUUUCUGUUUCGGGGUUUUCACAAAGCCGAUUCAAAGCUUCAAGCUCUUCUUCUGACCAUUCACGCACUGCGCCCUUAGCCCUGCUCUCACGCCUUUUCCGAAACGUGACAUAAGCUUCUUUCAAUUGUGUUCCCCUCUUCUUGCUCCGGAGAAGGCCAGAACGAGCGAUUUCGUCAAAUGACAGGCCCUUUCCUUCGUGCAAUUCAACGAGUCUCCUGAGGUUGGAAACGCUCAUCCUAGGUCCGCGAGGGUCUGUUGGGGCAUUCAGAUAAUAGUCGCGGAUAUAUAUCAUAUCGUGCACGUCGUCAGGGUAUACUCCAAUUGCCUCAGCCUCGCGCAACAAAUCGGUCCAGUGCCUGAAGACGGAAGCCCUAGUCUUCCACUGGCGGGAGCAAUAAAAGCAGAUACCCUUCUUCAUCUGAAGGACCUGCUCAUCGCUGCCCCUUGCGUUGGGCCUGUUCGACUUCCACACCACCGCCGCGUUAUCUGACUCUUCCUUCCAGACCGGUGUGGUGACAGUCUCCCCUUCACCAUUUUGAUCACCAGAUAUUUCUCCCUGCAGGGGAUCCACCGACUCCUGUCGGACUUUUCUAAGGCGUUUCGACGGGCGUCUGAAUUGCGGUGUAAUCUUCCUUACGCUCGAUCUCCAGAAAGAGCCUCUGGGGUCUGAGACGGGGACGUCUUCAAGUUCCGAGCUUGCUAUGCCAUUUUCCGAAGGCCUCCCUGACAUAGGGGACGAAUGGUUGAAUUCCCUCCGUCGCUUGGGCGACACCAAUUCUGGUGGCAAGCGCCAGGCUGGUUCCACCUGGGCUUCGACCGCUGUUUUCCUCGCAUUAUGCAACAGUUCGAGGACCUCUUGGCCCAUUUUAGGCCCGUACUUUUCCAGAAUAGCACUUUCUUCUGGAUCCCCAGUCAAGUUCAGUGAGCAUGGGGGUGGUGCAAGAUCACCCGAUGAUAUACUCCGAGUUCCGACUUCGAAGAGAGAAUCGGGGCUUGUUGAUCGCUGUUGUUCUGUUACCUCGAAUAACGAGUCAUUAUCGGAAUCGUUUGUAUCAGGCUGCGCCUUGUUGUAGCUCCCGCGAGGUGCGACGACCGAAGGCGAAUGGCCGUACAUAUCGGGAGUCCGCACAUCUGGAUGACGUGAGCCUACAGGAGCAGAGGCAUGCGCUUCAUCGGCUUCGCUGGGACUACAGUCGACCUCGUCCUCAUGCACGUCCUCCUGCUCGUCCUCGUCCCCGUCGUCCUCGUCAUCGGACAGCGCGGCAUUUUCCGCUAUUGCUUCAAUGCUAGUAAGCACUCCAUUUGCUUCUUGAUCAGACCCCAAGUCUGCACCGGCAGGCGCUUCUGUCAUUGCUCUCAAAAACGAUCUUCCUUUGUCGUCCUCGCCCGGUGCUUCGCCAGUAUCUGUUUCGCCUUCCAUGCUUUCCAAAUGUCCAUUGUUGACCACGAUCUUUUGCUGUACAAUAUCGAUUUCGUCGCCAACGCCACUGAAGUCCUGGGAGUAUUUGGCAAAUAUUGACUCGAAUCGCGACUUCAGGAGGCUGUCAUUCUUGUAACGUAGGGCAUCGAGGUCUGAGUCGAGAUCGGUUUGCGAUUCCUGGCCAGCGAAAAUAGAAAGGCGGGGUCUUUUGCGAAAAGGGCCUUCCAUUGUAGGAGCGAGACGGGAGAAUAGAGGGAUAUGGUCAGUGUGAAGGAACAGGCCUAGGGAUCAUCGUUUGGGCCCUGCCAGGGUGCUGCGAGACCUCGUGUUGUUGAAUGUUCGAUACGAAACUUGAAGUCGACAUUAAUCGUUAGGCAACUACUACAACUACUAAUUAAAUGGGGUGCAGUCGCGACGCGGAUUCCGCAGCGCGAAGCGCGUCAGACUCGGAAUUAUUUGUGACAAAAUGGGCACCCUACGUGCCAAGCAUUAUAAAGACGUCG